GGUGGCCAUAUGAACACUGAAACAGGUUUCGCUCGCUGUAAUCAUUCCUCCUGUUCAUACUGACCAUUAAAGGAUCCUCUCCAAAUGUGUUAUGUGUGGACAAAAACCCCACAGCCCUCGUUUUGAGCCAAAAAAAUGUAUUUAAAAGUGAAUCUGACGCUUAUAUGAGCCUUCAACCAUCUGUGGAUAUUUUCCACAGUCACAACUUUUUUAGUUACAAAUUCCCUCUUUGUGUCUCCACAGACAGUGUUUUCCUGUUGAGCUGCGGUGGAAGUAUAGCAACAAAAAGGAGGGAAUUUGGCUCUAAAAAAGACUGUAAGACGCUUGUGAAUUUUGUCAACCGUCACUUACACUGAAGGUGUAUUAUGCUGGGAUCACUUAAUGGCCAGUGUGAAGAAGGAGGAAUGAUUACAGCAAGAAAAACUUGUGUCAAUAUGGACACCUGACUGUUGUUUUAGGACGUAGUUGAAAAAAUUGUGAAGCUGUCCUUUAAGGUGAUGUUCCUCCAAUGCAAUGGAUACCAAAUUUGAAAGGAUACUGAAUGCCAGAAUGAAUCUGAUGGGUGUGAGUCAUCUUCUAUCAAGAGACAAAAGCCCGGGAACCUGCAGGUGGUGUAAUUCUUUCUGCUUUCAUGGCGAAGUGAACAGCUCACAGCACUGAAGCCUCAUAAAUCCGUUCUGCAUGCUGCAUGGUUGCACUCCAACAUGGAAAUGAGGUCAGGUGAUGGCUGCAUGAAUCCCAGCAGUGAAACCUGCAGGACAGUGAUAGUUUUGCCUCUCUCAACAUCUACCACCAGUGACUUUAAGCAGCAUUAAACACCUUCUCCAACACCAGCUAUAGAGGAUUUUCAUCACCACCUGCCAUCCUUUUCACACAGUAUUCACCCCUUCAUUUCAGUUCAAGAUAAUUAGGAGGAACAGUCAGAUAUGUCAACAAAUUGGAAGUACCCAUGGUCAGUGUCUCUCUUUCCACGGUGCAUCUCAGGAAGACAAGUACAAGACAAAACAGAUGGCAACGGCCUCUUUGCUUCCUGUAGUUGACGAUAUAAACUUAAUGGGACCCAAAUAACCACUGGUGAGCUGUGACGAUGGCGGGCGUGGAAACAACUCGGCUUAAAACCGCAGGUCUCUCAGGCGGCGAUGCAGCAGCACCACAUGGGCCAUAAUGGGACUGUGUCUGCGGCUUACCACAUGACUGCGGCAGGUGUUUCUCAGCUGUCACACACGGCCAUGGGGGGCUACUGUAACGGCAACAUGGGCGACCUGCCGUCUUACCAGGACGGCAUGAGGGGCAGCGCCACGGCCACCGGCUGGUACGGAGCCAACCCAGACCCGCGCUUCUCCACCAUUUCUCGCUUCAUGGGCUCGUCGUCGGGGAUGAACAUGGGCAGCAUGGGCAGUCUCAGCUCCCUGGCAGACGUGGGUAAAGGCAUGGGCUCUCUGUCCAGCACCCCGAGGAGAAAGAGGCGAGUUUUGUUCUCCCAGGCGCAGGUGUACGAGCUGGAGCGACGCUUCAAGCAGCAGAAAUACCUUUCGGCGCCGGAGAGGGAGCACCUGGCAAGUAUGAUCCACCUCACCCCGACCCAGGUGAAAAUCUGGUUUCAGAAUCACCGGUACAAGAUGAAGAGGCAGGCGAAAGACAAAGUGUCCCAGCAGCAGAUGCAGCAGGACAGCGGCUCCUGUCAGCAACAGCAGCAGCAGUCCCCCCGGAGGGUGGCCGUGCCGGUGCUGGUGAAGGACGGGAAGCCGUGCCAAGGCAGCGGCCACACGCCCACAUCCUCCGCACAGACCCACCACCAGCAAGGUGGUAAUGUCAUGAUCAUGUCCAACAACACGGCCGGCCUCGGGCAGCAUCAGAGCCAGCAGGUGGGAAGCACAGGUCACUCUCCAGAUUUGGCGCCGCACUCCUCCAGUCCGCCGUCACUGCAGAGCCAAGUGGCCGGCCUCUCCCACCUGAAUUCCCCCGGCGCAGAGUACGGCUCGGCCCUGCAGUGUUCAGCCCUGUUAUACGGCAGGACGUGGUGACAAGAGCACCGGCUAUCAUUUAAACCUUCUUCUAUUUAAGUAAAAAAAAAAAGAGAGAGACACUUUUCUUUCAAGACAGUUUCACUGUAAAUGUGCGCAUUUGAACAAGAACCUUGUGAAAUCGGUGGCAGCAGCUCCUCUUGAAUUUCCUGGAGGGAAAGUUUUUGGAGGGAAGUGUGACUCAUACCGAGAGAGGAGAGGAGAGAGAAAAAACAUUUUUGACCAGAAACUGCGGAUGUGAAAGUCUUGGGAUUUAUUUAUGUAAAUUAUAUUGAGACAAAAGAAGAAUCAGCAGUCAUAUAGGCCGCAUUAGUUGAGGGGGGGGGGGAGGCAUAUAGACUACAGGACUGCUGUAUAUGGGUGCUGUUAAAAUUCCUCCCCACAAACAAACACACAUGACUCUGAUUUAUAAUAGAAUUUAAUGUAAGCCGUAGAUCUAGCGUGUAUAUUUCUGUAAAAGGUUUGAAUUUUAGCUAUCUGUUGUACAAAGUUUUUGACGCUCUUGCCGGUUUGUUGUCGUUUCAUUGGUAUUUGUACGUUUUAUUUCUUUGUAACUUAUAUAGAUAUUUGACUUACUACAAAACAGUCCUAUUAAUAAAUUAUGGAAACAAG